CAUGCAGCAUGCAGCGUGCUUCGGCUCAACGCAAUGAUGGGGGAGAGAAUCGGAUUUAUAACUUCCCCCAUAAGUGUGAUGUUGCCCCAUCAUCAUCCCCGGAAAAAAGACACUCCCUAUCGAUUCAAUUGCAAUUGAUAUCCUCCACAAUUCGCAAUGCACAGCACCAAGCCCACUGUCGUGAUAUCCCCUGGUGCGUGGAUGUACCCGGACAUCUUCGGCAAGGUGAUAUCCCUCUUCAACGACGCCGGGUUUCCCGCCGAGGCCCUUGCCCACCCCACCAUCGGCGCAGAGCCACCAAACAAGACACUUUACGACGACGUAGCGAGCUUCCGUUCGCGCUUGGUGAAGCUCGCAGACGAGGGGAAGGACAUUGUCGUUGUGUGUCACUCGUACGGCGGAUGCGUGGGUGCGUGUGCGGUUGAGGGCUUAGGAGCGGUGCAGAGAGCUCAGGCGGGAAAGAAGGGUGGCGUGGUUAUGGUCGUGUUUAUGACGGCGUUUGCGAUUCCGAAGGGCAAGAGCCUGCUGGAUAUGCUCGGCGGUCAAUGGUUGCCGUGGAUGAGAAUCGACGGAGAUUACGUCCGUACCGGUCCGGAAACGUUUGAGUUUUACUUCGACCUCCCGGAAGCCGAUAAACAGUACUGGGGUAAACGUCAAACACACACCUCUCGGGGAGCAUUCACCAAUCCCGUGACCUACGAGCCAUGGAACGACAUGCCAUGCAUGUACAUUAUCUGCGAGGGCGACGAGGGUCUCAGCCAACCGGUGCAGGAACAUAUGUCCACGUUGUUGGGACCGGAUGCAAUUUUGUUCAGAAUCCGCUCAGGCCAUUUCCCGUUCUUGAGUGUACCUAGCAAGAUCGUCGAGGGAGUUGCGUUGGGCGCAAAAACCGGGAUGGAGAAGAAGGCGAUUGCUUUGGGUAGAGGCGGACGGUUGUAGAUAUUGGGAGUAUGUGGUAGCCAGCCGUUGUUUAUGUUCUGUUCUGUAUGUAUAAUCUAGG